AUGGCAUCAGCUUCAGUUCGCACAAUGACACUCGGACAAAAUAUUCACAUGAUGCCUAAUAAUUGUGUAAUUGUUUCUGCAAAUAUGAUUUCUGGGAAAUCACAACAAAUGUAUUCAUCGCAUGGUAAACGUCCUAUUGUACCAGCACCAACAGUUCUAACAUCAAAUGGUGGAAAUCAAGUGAUCAAUAUUCCAAAAAAGAAAUACAAUUACGGAUCAAUGCAGUAUCCUUCUAAUCAGACAGCAUCUGUCGCUCGACGAAACGCUCGUGAAAGAAAUCGAGUUAAACAAGUGAAUAAUGGUUUUUCCAAUCUUCGUCAACAUAUCCCACAAACAGUUAUCACAGCUUUGACAAAAGGUGGUCGUGGUUCAUCUAAAAAAUUGAGUAAAGUUGAUACCCUGAAGUUAGCUGUUGAGUACAUUCGAAGUUUAAAAGAUAUGUUAGAUGAAAACGAAAAUUCAGCAAGUGGUAGUUCGACAAGUUCAUAUUAUUCGGAAAAUUCACAACAUUUACAAUCACUCUCGCGAUCAGAAGCAUCACUAUCACCAACACCUUCUUAUUCUUCAGAUGCUUCAAGUACUUUGAGCUACACACCAAACCACAUUCAAAGCCAUCAAACACAUUUCAAACAAGAACCAUUUGAUUCUUAUGUUGAUCCAUCGACAUCACCAGCACCGUCAUAUCACUCUGAUAUUCAAAUUCACCAUCAGCAAAUUUUUCCACCUACGUCUACACCGUAUAAACCUGUGCAUCAAUACGACAACUACUCUCCAGUAAGUCCCGAAGACGAAGAUUUACUCGAUGCAAUCACUUGGUGGCAACAACAAUAA